AUGUCGUUUGACUCCUCGCGCUCCUUUCUCAUGUCUCAAAGAGCUGCAGACCAACGGCGAAAUAUGCAUGUCUUCUCAUUUCAUUUUUUUCCGCAAGUCAGGCUGGCCGGAGGUCUCAAUCUGAACCGAAUUCAUCUCACCGCAAAGACUUUCUACCGAUGGCUUUGUCUUUGCCACACCUUGGUUACCGGAGAAGAUCUCGAAGCAGCGGUCGUACUACGGAAGAUACAACUAGCCACCGUGGAUGUGUCGUUCUACUCCCUUGCAGCGAUACAAGGCCCCCCUAUUCCACGCGAUUCUCUUCAACUCAUUCAACCCGGUAUUUAUGGAAUUUUUUCUCAAGACGGAACACCAUUCACGAGUUAUGUCUCCAGCGCAGUAAGCUUUCGGACGUCAUUCAAAGCUCAAGAAGAUGAGAUGGUGAGAAGCACCAAAUCGCCUGAGUUUCGAGCGCAUAAUCAGAUCCCGAUGCACUUGAGGACCCUGGCUGGUGCCCGGGACAGAGGGAAAUGCUUCAUUACAGGCCAAACUCAUCUCCCAACGCAAUGUGUUUGGAUUAUCCCCCCUCUUGCAACGUUCAAUGGUGGCUUGUUUGAUCCCAUGGACCUCGACAAGUCCAAGGUUGUCGACAAUCUGAUUACGAUUUGCUCCGUUUUGGUCGAUCCCUUCAUGCACAACUUGUUUUCCGUUGACCUCGAGGACAAUGCCCGUAUCAUCGUCUUUGAUGACCUUCCGAGCGGAGUGCCAACGUUGCCCUUGCGUUUACCGACCCUGCCUUCACCUGCAUCGACGGACUUUUGGAAGUCCAGUUUCAUAGUUACUUUAGGUAACUUUUUCCCCGCGGGUGAGCUAGAUGAGGAUGGUAGCCGCCGCACACGAAGCGGCAAUGCGGGCCUGUUGAUGGAGGAGCUGCAUGACGACUGCGCUGAUUUGGACGACCCGAAGUGGCAAAGUGACGUUGGGACGGAAGUGGUGCAGGUCUACAUGAACUUGAACUUACCGUCGAGGAGGGAGCUUCUGGAAGAACAAGCAGGAGACUAUGGCUCGGAAGAUGAGUUCGUGUUGUCUGAUGAUGAAUGA